AUGCCAGCGCCCAGCCCGGUGCCCCUUCCGGCACCCGUGCCGGCGCCCAUGCCCCCCACCGUGCCAAGAACCACGGUGGUGGAAGCAGAACCACCGCCGCAGCGCAUCCCGCGAGCACGGGAAGAGCGGGAGGACCUGAGCCGACUCCUGGUCUUGGCCCAGGUGGUGGACAGCGAUCUCGAAGAGGAGGAGACCUCGCCGCGCCCGGACUGUUCGGGAUGGGGGAUCGCUUGGGACCCCUCCGAGGCCGCCUUAAGCGGCGGUGCGCGGCCUCUCCGCGAUGAGGAGGUCUUGUGCAUGUUCGAUGAGUUCUUGUACCGGGGAGAACUGCCCGAGUUCGCCCUUGCGCUGGCCCAGUUUGACCGCAUUGCCGAGAACCUGAAGGCGCAGGAGCUGGACAAGAUCAUCCUGCCCUGCCUCGAGGUGAUGGAAUUCGCCAACCGGUACCUUCGGAUGGACGCAAUGCGGGAAACUGAGCGAAGGACAUCAAUUACCAACCAGAUUCCGAUGGGCCUAGGUGCCUGUGGAGCAACUCGGGCCUGCGAUGCGGCAGAACGCAGCGCUGCUGGCCGUGGCUAUGCAGGCCUGCCCUAUGGCCUGGCGCAAAAAUCCAUGAGGGGAGCGAGGCGCGCCGAAGAGUCCGAGGAGCCGAACCCAACAAUGGCCCGAGGCCUUUUCGGCUCCAGCUGCGAGAAGCCCGGAGCGGGCACAAAGCAGGUGGCCCGUGGACCUGGGGGAUGUGUCAAUGCUCAACCGGGCCUUGAGGGCUUCAAGCAGCCGCAGACCAUCAUGUCCUUCUUGGUGGAGCCCUGUGGUGUGGUGGCGCCACACUUGCAUGCCAACUCUGUGGAGAUCAACACGGUAAUCCGUGGAGCAGGCGUCAUCGGUCAGCUGACGACGGAAACGAACCACCUCGAGGUUUCCGACGUCAGAGCGGGCGACUCGUUCUUCUUUGCAGAGGCGGCUUACCACUGGUGGGUGAACCUCGGCGAGGAGGCACUGGUGACUGUUGGCGCCUUCUUCAACACCGAUGACCCUGACACGGCCCUCGUGGGAUACGAUGAUGGAGUGGGAGUUGUGGGUACCUUGAUGCAGGACAUGCCUCUGCUGAACACCAUGAUCGGCCAGUCCAAUGGGCGCAAGAACACCGUUCCCCUUCAGGACGGCGACAGCCCACUGUUUCCCAAGCUUACCCCAGAGGCCUGCGCCGCUGCCCGCUCCCGACAGCGCAGGGCUGCAAGGGACAGCUUCCAGAAGAACCCCAGCGGCACGGACAUGUUCCGGGCAGAGGAGCUGAGCUCGGGAAAGUACGGCCUCACCGCAGCAGACACCCCUGUCUCUUGCCCCAAGCCGCCCUGCGGCGGAGGUGAGGGCGUCGCAGGCACCGAGUCUUCCCGACCGAGCUUCGAUGGAGGUUACAGGCUCCCUGAAAUCCUAGCGUCCGCGGUCUUGCUCUGCGGCCUGUCUUUGACAGCCACGGGAGGCGGCCCGCCGGCAGCAGCGCUCUGGCCCGGCUUGACCAACGUGGCAGGAGGGAAAUCGCUCGUGAAGUUCGUGGUCAGCUACUGCGGCAUUGUAUCGGCCCACACGCACCCGAAUGCAGCUGAGUGGAACACAGUCAUCAGUGGCUCCGGUCAGGUGUCCUUCUAUCGUGUGAACACGGGUAAGGCUCCCCAACUGGUGACUGUCGACGUAAAGAAAGGAGACACCUUUGUGUUUCCCCGGGGCUCUGUGCACUGGUGGGUGAACUACAGCCCCACUGAGCAGCUAGCGACUGUUGGGGGCUUCUCUGCUGCCUUUCCGGACACGUCCCUUUUGUCGGAGCUGUUUCGCGAGACGGCGGAUGCCUUCCCCUUUGUGAACGAGGCAGUGUUGGGGGAAGGCUUCGUGCCAGCUGAAGCAACUGCAGGUGCCAACCUUUUUCCUCUCCUCCCGAACCGCAAGCCAGCCAACUGCGGAGGUGAGACUCCAUGCAGAUCAUGCGUGUAA